CUCAAAAAGGGAGUGGUUUGACAGUGAGGGCAGUGGUCAAAUUACAGGGAUAGUACCCAAGGCUUGGAGUUGCGCAAUGCUGUUUUUCCCAAAGAUACAAUAAAUCUCACUCCCUCUGCAGACUUUAUGAAGAAGGAUCCUUCACGCUUGGACUUUUGUUUGGACAGCAAUGAGAAAGGAGAGGUGUCUACGAGCAGAAAGGACCUCUGUGCACAAAGCAUCGAAAAAGCAUAAGGAGCUAGGCAGGUUUGGCAGCUGCAUGAAUUGAGUAUGAGAGCAGAGACCAGGGAAGUAAGGAGACCGCAUGGAGCAGACCAGAACUGAUCCUGCUUUUGAAUGUCUACCACGCACAGAUGAAGAGAGAAAGAAAUCUGAAAGAGCAGAGUGCAGGAGUUUACAGAACUGCUGCCGGAAACCUUCUCCACGAGAAGUAGUCUUACUUGUUUUUGUUAUCAUCUUUUCCCUGGUCACCAUUGUCCUCAUCAUUUUUGUAAGUAGGUCACCAGCAAAGGAUGCUCAGCAGAAGGGCUGUGAUGUGGCUCCCCCUGCCCCCUGUCUUCCAGCAUGCCCAUCUGGCUGGAUUGGCUAUGAAGGGAAAUGCUACUUUUUCUCAGAAGAAGGAAUGAACUGGACUUCCAGCCAAAGCUUUUGUUGGUCCCAUGGCUCCUCCCUGGCUGUGAUUGAGAAUAAGCUAGAAAAGGCAUUCAUUGUGCGUUACAAGUGCUCUACUGAUCACUGGAUUGGCCUCUGGAAGGACCCCGACCACAAUUGGAAAUGGGCAGACGGGACAGAAUUAAAUGGCACGCUGGAAGUGACAGCAGGAGGAGGGGAUUGUGUCUUUCUGAACUCUGGCUUUGCUGUUUCUUCACGUUGCUACAUACAAAGGAAUUGGAUCUGCAGCCACCACGAUGCCUAUGCAAGUAAUAAGAACACUUCAAUAAGAAGGUGACCAGCCACAGGGAGCCCUCAUGCCAAGGGAUCGGAAUUCCAACUUCACCUCGCUUUGGAGCAGGUGUUACUAGAUUUCUGCUCAAGCAACAGUAAAAGGGCAAGGCUUAUUCGCUGUUCAUCCUGUGAUGUGUUCUGGGCCAUCAAAUGCCAGCCGUUUUCUUCUGUCAGCCGCCCUGAGCCUGCCACGGCAGGGAGGGCGGGAUAUAAAUAAAAGAUUAUUAUUAUGUUUUC